GUAUGAGUAUGCAUGUAGAUAAACCUGGAAUGAUUAGCCUGCAACAACGACUAGCCACCAAAGUUUCUAUUGACUGACAUUGAUCUUACGAUAAUGGUUCUUUUUCUCUUUCUGAGAAAUUCUUAUUUCGAAGACAAUGGUCGAUACUUGACUCAUGCGGGUCCCACACGUGUUAACCGGCGUUAGUAUGGCGGAGCAAUUCCGUUCCGUUGGUUUGGAUCAGUGUGGGACAAUCGAUCCAAACCCAAAAAGAAAAUCUCAUUUCAUAGUUGCUGGCCUAAUCCGACGACGGCGGCUCCGACGAAGAGAUUCGAAGUCUCCGAUCCGGAUCCCUCCGAAACCCACUCGGCAUUCGAACCCGGCCAAGGCUCCGAUUUCUCUCACUGUGAAAUCUCCACUGUCUUCCACCUUGAGCUCCUUCUUCUGCUUCGUCUUCCGUGCCCAUUGUUGAUGAAUUAGAAGAGGAGCCCAUUCUUUUCUCCUGAUUUGCUUAAAUGGGGUUUCUUGGUGGCAUUUUGAGGAAAUACGGCAGCAAUUCCAUUGUUGGCAAUUUGAAGCCGGGGUUGAAUUUUAGCACUACACGUGGCUCAUUGGGAAUUUGUCUAGAGGAUAUUAAGCAAAGGGGAACAUCAGAGCAGAAGAAAGUUUGCAUGAGGAAAAUACUUGAAGCAAUGACAUCGAGGAUGGGACAAGGCUAUCUAGGUGGAUGCAUGGACCCAACAAAAAUUCCCAUCAUCGAAAACGGUCUGGACUUACCACACGAGCCAUAUGUGGAAGGAAAAUAUCCUAGUUACUUGUCUUCAGUAGAGAAUCUAGCUGUUUAUCUUCAUGAGAAUGAUCAAUUAAGUACCCGAGACAAAAUGAAAUUUGACGAUUUCAAGAAGUAUUCAAGGUUAUUGAGCAACACGAGACAUUUAGCCUUGUUGGCUGGGCACCCUCAUCUGCAAGCAACAUGGGAGGAGAGGGACUACAUAACAGCAGCACUUCAUCAACUGUCGUCGAUCACAUCUGCCGACCCCUUCUUUCCGCUACCUCCCACCGGUUGCCAUCAAGUGCCACUUGCAUUGGCAUUUACAUGUCCACGAGAACUUAAAUUCACAUGGAUUGGCGCAUAUAAAAGAGUAUGUAUCACAAGGAAGAUAGAUAUUUUUGCUACAAUCGAGCAUGCCGGUAAAGAAUUUGUAAACAAUUACGAGUAUUCGGAGGAAGACGACAAGCCAUAUUCAUAUACAAAUAAUGAUGCUAUAGAUGAGUUGUUUUACUAUAGCAAUUUUACUAAGCAUUACUGUGUAGAUGGGGAUACCAAGUUGCUUGACACCUUGCAUGACAAGUUUCCCUUCAACACCAGAGAGAUGUUCAAGUUUCAUUCGACGUAUGAUAAGCAUGCUAUGGGAAAAGUUGAUCUCGAACGCCUCAUGGGCAUCAUGAACAGGUGAAAAGACUUGUACAACAGUAAUCAGGAUGUGCAAAAGGAAUGACAACAGAAUGCUUUGGUGGCAAAUGGAAGAAUGACAACAGGAUUGGCUAUAUGCAAGGGUCGUGGGAUGAAUUUGAUUUUGAACCAACUGUUUGGUUCAUAUAAUUUUUGUUAAAACUCGUCUUUUGACUACUGAUAUGCCUGUCUAGCUUAUAAAGGUUGCUUAAGCAUUACCACACCAGGCUCUUUAGGAAAAGCAUGAGCUCAAGGGCUAAAAAUAGAGGCCAGGGAAGGAAAUAAAGUGUCUAGUUAAGUGUCUUGCGACCAAACUGCUUAUACUAGAGGAUGUUCAAUGGCAGAAGAAUCAACCUCAUAUCAGGUGGCUAAAGCUUGCAAGCUGGAGCAGGAGGCCUCUUCUUUCAUUCAGACAGAGUGGCAGACUGAAUCAUCACAAAC